AUGUUGAACUCCAUCACCAACUUCUCGAACGAUCCAGUUGCUGUCGAAAAGACGCUCAAGCUACUUCAAUCGACCGCCCAGAUCGCGGCCAAUAUCGGCUACACGUCCCCAGACGAGGCUACCUUAUGGACGGUGGCCAAGAAUCAAUUCGCUCUGGCGCGUCGCUUCUUCCGCCUCGUCAAAUGGAUCGACUGCUUCAACAACGGAUACGCACAAUACGAGCUAUACCAGCAUCCGCGUGUCAGUAGCGAGAAGGCAGCGACCGGGGGUAACGCCACUUCGGCACAGAACGGUCUUCACUUCCUCCUCGUUGUGUCGAAGUGGUCGUUGCUCGGGGCCUAUCUCUUCGUUGAGAUGUUCACGAUCGUCGACGCCGUGGCUGGCACGUGGAGGCCCUGGGCUGUAGCCACGCAGACCGAGGCGCUGAAGCUGUGGUUCUACGCCCUGGCCGUCUCUGUCAUGUUGGAUCUGUACGAGAUCUUGGUCGUCUACUCGAGCGACUCGUCAGCACCGGUACCGGCAACGACACCAUCACAGCCAGCAAGCACGUCCAAGGGUUCACCAAUCAAGGAGGACGAAAAGCAGGCAAUGCGAAGCACCAAAUCUCCCCCCAACGCAGCUCCCGCUGCGGGUACGGACUCUUUCGCUUUCAACGCGGCCAAACGACGGUCGACGUACAGACAGCUUGUUAUUGACGGGUGCGAUCUGCUCAUCCCCGGAGCCGCAGUGGGAUGGUUAGCAUUGGAUCCCAUCACGGUGGGUGUCGCCGGAUCGAUCAGCGCGCUGGUUGGCGGCUCGGAAGCAUGGGCGCGGGUCAAUGGGUAG